CCGUCGCACACGUGUGCGUCCCUCGCUGGCGCUUUUCGAUAUUCGCAAAGCUGCACUCCCACCUUUCCCUCUCGACUCCCCACGCCGUACCUCUCAAUCUCCUUUGAAUCCCCUCUUUCGUCUCCACGCGCCACCCCAUUCCCGCAAAAACCUAAUCCACUCGCCCUCCCAUGUGGCCGGACGGCGACGUCUGCACCUGCUCCGCCGGCGAGAAUGGCGGCUCCAACGGUGAUCACGCCGAAGAUCUGGUGUGCGCGCAUUGCAGGAAAUCUGAUCCCUCUCCGUCGUCGUUUUGCUAUUCCUCUUCGCUCAAAUACGUUCCUGUGCCGUUGAGCGAUUCCGAGAAGCUACGGCGGGUCGUGACUGCUUCGAUUAAGGGCUUCACCAUCGGCGCCGGCCUCAAAGGCGGCCUCGCCGUCUUCUCCAUCCUAGCUAGACUCAGAAAGAGAAAGCUCUUAGCCUCUCUAAGAACUGAGGGUGCGAUUACGAAUAAUGAAGCAAUUGUUACUGCUUUGAAGGAGACCUUGAGAUAUGGUCUGUUUCUUGGGACUUUUGCAGGCACAUUUGUUUCAGUGGAUGAGAUUAUUGCUUCUUUGGGAGGCCACCGUAGGACAGCUAAGUGGAGGGCUUUGUUAGCAGGGCUUAUAGCAGGACCGUCUAUGCUUCUUACCGGGCAUAACACGCAGCAUACGAGCUUGGCCGUAUACAUACUUAUGCGUGCUGCCGUGUUGGCCACGCGUUGUGGGAUUAAAAGCAAACGGUUUGGUCGUGUUUGUAGACCUCUCACUUGGAAGCACGGUGACAUUUUCCUCAUGUGUCUCUCCUCUUCGCAAAUUCUGUCUGCUUACAUAUUGAAGCAGGAGAGUUUGCCCCUAUCAUAUAAAUCCUUUCUCAACAAACAUGGGGGAAAGGAUAUCACAAUUUUGCAAGGUGUUAAAGAGAUUGCAAGUGGCUUACCGUUUACUAAUUUGGAAGCAAUAGAAAGAUACUACAAAUCUGUGGGAACAAAUAUUAAACUAGAUCCAGCCAUGAAAGUUCCCUGCACGCUUGUACACGGAGGUCAGUCAUGUAGCGGGCAUAUUAUCUCUUUCCUAAUUCAAGCCUACAGGAGAGCAUUACCGGUUUAUCUUCCGGUAUAUCUGAUUCCAGCGCUUAUAGUUCAUCGGCAAGACCUCUUGAAAAGGCAUUACACUAUACUACUAAAGGGUCUUCUUGGCACUGCAAGAUCAAGCUUGUUUCUUUCCGUAUAUUGCGCAUCUGCCUGGACGUGGACAUGCUUGCUUUUUAGGAUUUUCAAGAUGUGUAAUGUACCAAUGGUAGCAAUGGGGACGUUCCCGACUGGCCUGGCCUUGGCUAUUGAGAAGAAAAGCAGGCGUAUUGAGAUCUCACUCUACUGUCUCGCUCGAGCGAUUGAGAGCUUUUUCACCUGCAUGGCUGAUACCGGAUACUUGCCACAAACAAAAAAAUUGAAGAGAGCUGACGUGGUGAUCUUUAGCUUAUCAACCGCCAUCAUAAUGCAUUGCUAUGCAGAGGAGAGGGAAGUGUUCAGAUCCAAGUACUUGAAUGUUCUUGACUGGGUUUUUGGCGUCCCACCUCCUCCUUGUGAAACCCCCCGCUGCAAAAAGAGUUAAGAAGUAGCACUUCGAGUCUCAACAGGCUCGCUCGUAACGGUUCCAAUAUUUGGAUUUGGGCGCUCUAGCCAAAAGGAAUCCUGUUUCAUUGACACCCACCAUUUUUUGCUCUCGAGAGAAAUCAUAGGUCUCCUACUUCCUUUGAAAUUUAAUUUGGAGGAAGUUGUUUAUCCUAUUCUUACUUCAUACUACCAUUCGUAAGAGCUUCAAUAUGUACCGUGGAUGUGGAAUAAUAGUUCAAACCAUUAAUGUUAUAGCAAGUGAUUCACAAAUUUUGA